AUGCGUCCCAUGGCGGCCUUCAUGCCGGCGGUGUCGGUGAUGAUGGCGGAGAGCGCGCAAGCAUCGUCCCGCCUCCCAGUCAUGGCAUGGAGCCAUCGCUGCCUGCCCCCCCGUCCUCAUCUCCAUCGCACCCGCCAUCGUCUCCUGUGUCGCGCGCGCCCCAACGACGUCGGGGACUUGGGCCUGGUGAACAAGAAGGUUUUCCUUGAUGCGCUGCAAUGCUCGAGGCUCGGAUGGUUUCGACGAGCAGGACAGAUCGACGCAUCCAAGGAGAUCAGCGAUAACGAUCUCUACCUCAUGCAGCUCGGCCAGCAGUUUGAGCAAGACUGUCUUGCGCACAUGUACCCGGAGGCGACGAAGGUGGAGAGUGUAAAGCUGAAGAAAGCAUGCAAGGAAACGAUGGAGCUGAUGAGAGACAUCGAAGCUGGCAAGGUCGAGCAUGACAGUCCUGCCCUCUGUCAGGCUUCUUUCGUGUUCAACGAGGCGGUGGCAAGAGCGGAUGUGCUGGAGUACCUCGGAGACGGAAGAUGGGAGCUUGUAGAGAUUAAGUGCUGUUCGGAGAUGUCAAGCAAGGAUUACCUUCUGGAUGCGGCAUACACCGCGGCGAUCUUGAAUUUGUCAGGAGUCAACAUCGUCAAGGCGUCUAUCAUUGCCGUCUCCAUGUCGUAUAGGUUGGGGAUGGACAAGAAAUCUUUGUUUGUCAAGUGUGAUGUUUCCCAAGAUCUCUUUGGCACAGAAGACCUGAUCACCAGAAGUGAAAAUUGUCCAGACGCCAUCCCGAUGCCUUUCUGCAAGAAAUGCCCUCAAUUUCAGACCUGCUUUGAGAAGGAUCUUAAGAAUCCGAUCUGGCAGCUUCCCAGGCUCACGGGCAGCAGGUUUGACCAAGUUGCCGCCCAUGGCCUCGAGGUCCGUGUCGUCCAUCAUGUCAUCACCCCUUUCCGUGCCGUUGAGAUGCCGCAGAUCGAGAAAGUCCCGCCCACACUUCUGACGAAGGAUCAGCUGAAGUUCUAUGAGAGUGUUAUGAAGAAGGAGGUGAUCGUCGAUGUCAGAAAGCUCAAACAGCACCUGCAAGAGACGAAGGGACCAUUCCUCUACCUAGACUUCGAGAGUAUCAAUCCUCUGUAUCCCUGGUUCGACGACCUCGCUCCCUGGCAACCGAUGAUCACACAGUUCUCUUUGCACAAACGAGCUGAUGUCGACAGUGAGUUGCAACAUAUGGAGUUUCUCGCCGACGCCAAGGCAGAUUUCCGUCUUGAUUUAUGUGACUAUCUCCUUGAGUGCCUUGGGGAUCAGGGAUCAAUCUUUGUCUACUCGUCGUUUGAGAAGACACACUUGAAGGCAUUCGCUCAGAGGUUCCCCUCACGUGCACAGCAGAUCGAGGAAGUGAUAUCCCGCCUCUUCGACCUCGAGAAGGCAACACAGCAAACCAUCCCAACACCUGGCGCUUAUCCCUUCUUCUUUCUUUCAGUCACUCUUCCCGUCCUCGUCCCAUCCUAUCAGUCUGCCUACAAGGAGAUGUCCAUCAAGAACGGUUUUGAGGCCUCCAGUGCAUUCCAGCGCCUUCGAAUUGCAGAUGCAGAGGAAUCGAAAGAGAUCCGCAAGAAUCUGAAAGAUUAUUGUGCCUUGGAUACUCUGGCGAUGGUCGAGUUGCAUUCUGCCAUCUUGGCGAUCAGUGGGAAUUCGGCCAAGUUGUGA